AUGACAGAGAGUGAAAGAGAAAAGAGAGAGAGAGGAAGUCUGAAACUUCCCAAUCUCAACCCUGACAGCAUCGACCUCUUCGGCGACGCCCACGUUGUCACCAACAACGACGCUGCCCCCCACGUGCGCCUCACCAUCCCCUCCCUUUUUUCCUCCGGUCUCCUCCGCGUCCCUGAACCCCUCCUCUUCGUCGAUGCUACUACCACCCUCUCCACCGAAUUCUCCUUCUCCAUCUUCGGCAAUGGUGACGGCAUCCUGUUUGUCCUCACCGUCGCUUCCACCAACGGUUCGGAUACCCUGGCUGUUGCGAAUGCUUCCUAUGUGGGCCUGGUUCUCAUUAAUGGAGAAAAGUUGAAUGCUUGGGUUGAUUAUGAAGGUGGACCAAAGGUGAUGGAAGUUAGGUUAAGCAAAUGGGGUGAACAAAUGCCUUCUGAUCCCAUCGUUUCUCAUAAGAUUGACCAGAUGUCGGUGAUGGAACUUACAUUCAUACUAUAA